UUGUUCUGCUUCCGGUUUAUGUCAACAUGGACAAGGAUAACGAUGUUCUCAGUAAAUAUCGCGCUGUCACCAACAAGUUGAGAAAGCGGUUUCUCAAGAAACCAAACGUUUCCGAGGGCAGUGAGCAGUUUGCCAGUCUAGCCAAGUCCUUGCAGCAGCAAGAAUGUCCUCAGUAUGCAGGCUUCUGUUGUUUAGCUCAGGCCAGAUGUGAACACACAUUGGCUAAUGCCCCUGGAGAGGCCCAGGCUCUCACACAAGCAGCACGGUCCUUCCUGGAAGCCGAACUCUUUAACAGAUCACUCAAGUAUCCUGGGUUUGAGGAGCAUCUCACAGCUGCUAUUAACUGCUAUGGGCACGCCAUCCGGGUGCACAUUGAAAACAAGCAGGUGGCACUGGCAGCAUCUCUGUGUCUGGAGCUAGGAAAUGUGCUUAUGAGAUUGAACAAGCAGGUAGAAGCCAUGGGCCACUUCCAACGAGCAGCUGAGCUGCAAUCACAGAGUCCCUUGGACUGUCUGGAUGCCUUGGAGAUGGUAGCCAUUGCCAAGAUUGACACAAAGGACUAUGAAGGAUCCCUUGCUGUACUCACUGAGAUGGCGUACUUGGCUCAAGAGAGGGGAGGGUCCUCUGCUACAGGGAAGCCAAUUGGAGCGUAUUGUGACAUCCUGUCCAGGUGUGAAGUGACUCGGGUUCUGCUUCUCAUGCUGCUUCAGCCAACACCCCAAAGAAUCCGCCCUGAGCAUGCUCAGACUUUAGAGAAAUAUGCAUGGGAAACAACAGAAGACAAUUUCACAGUGCAAUACCUGGGCGAGGACUUGUUUCUUCUUCUACAGUCGGUUGUGAUGGCCUGUCAGUCACAUGACCUGGGAUGCCUUCAGGCCCUCCAGACCGAUCUGUGGCCAUACCUCAACACGGAGCAGAACCAGAUCCUCCAUCUUGUCAUCCAGGAACUCUCCCAUCCGGCUGGGGAAGGUGUUUAGUGUGCCACACCCCCAGUAAAUACAGGGCUAUCUUGUCACAUCCUGUCAAGGAAAGUGAUUGUGCCACCCCCUCAGUAAAUACAGGGCCAUCUUGUCACACUCUGUCAACGAAAGUGAUUGUGCCACCCCUCAGUAAGUGCAGGGCCAUCUUGUCCCACCCUCUGCCCUCAUCACAGGACCUGGUUGUGCAGAGUUGUGUCCCUUCCCAAGAAAAUCAACUUCCUUCAUGAGAUUCAUUCACCCAGAUUUUCAUCUUGUGUCAGCACAGAACUCAUGUUUGUUAGUUGCAUCUUUAUUAUAUUAUUGAUGUGAGUGAUAUGUGAAAAACUGUUCAAAGCAAGUGAAUUCCCAGAGAACUUGUUGCUCUACUGAACUGGAAGUGUGUUUACUGUCACUCCAGACAUUGUCACAUGUUAUGUUUACAUGCAGUACAUUCCAGUUGGCAAAUAGGGGUUCAGCCCACUGUUAACAAUAUUCCAAUGGAGGGCACCUAGAAUUGUUUCAAACAUUGUAUAUGUUGUACCUUUGUCUACAGUAUGGCAAAUGAAUGCUGAAGCCCCUGGCUACGCUAUCACCAGUACCAUGGCAUGUGUAUUGUGGGUCAGUCUGAGUAACAGAGUCAUGUUGUUGCAUAUUUUCUGGGUCCAACAGGUUCACAUUGAGAAGGAACAAAGAUGAUAUUUCUACUGUGAAGCAUAUGGUCAGCUCUUGGUGUAUGUUAUUGUCAGCUGGUAAGAGUUUGUCUGUGUUGUACUGUGAAGGAUGUACACAUCUGUCUGAUCAGCUGAUGAUCGUAUUGUCAAGUAUCAUCUGUAAUCUACAUAUUUCUGUGGAUGUAGCAGAACAAUAAACUGAUAUUUCUUA